UGUCACUCCACGACUGAGAAAUGAGUGACAAGAGCGUGACCUUAUUUUCUUGCCCACUUCUUCCUGCACGAGGUGCUUGCCGUGCAGCCGAGUGACGCGCACCUGUAAAACCCUCACGCCCCUCUAGAUUUUUAGCGCUUCGCACGUUGGAUCGUUCCUCUCUCAGCUUCUCCUUGUCCCAAAAUAACAGGCGAUUGAAGACGCCAACCUGCCUUUUAUUGAUGAUAUUCACUGGGGAGCAGUCAAGAAAGAGGACAUGACGGACUGGAUGAACAACUUCGUGAAGCCGAGUUGGUCGGCGUUCCUCAUGUCAUUGCCUGCAGAGGAGUCCCAAAAUAUGCACCUGAUUGUCAUCUUGGACCGCGCUUCGACGCACGUCUCCGCUUUUCCUGCUGGUGUUCCGAUUCGUCAUGAUAUUGAUGUCGCUUUCAUUGGUGCAGAGACCACGAAAUACUGCCAGCCAUUGGACGUUGGUAGUCUCUUCCGUUCUCUGAAGGCGUGGCUGCGCAGACAGCUGCUGAACGGUGACAUCGGUCGUGAACUGGCUGCAGUGUGGCGCGCGUGCAAAUUCAGCUACCAGCCACAGUACUCGGAUGCGCAUCAGUUCCUUCGUUGUGGCUACUCGCCAGAUUCUCGCUCUGCAAUCGCUUUACUGCAUGGCCGUUUGCAGACGUUCCUUUUGGAAGGGCAGCAGGUGAACAUUUUUACAGAGCCUGCUGGUGCAGGCGCCACCAACCCUCCGGCAAGCGGCGAUGAUGAAGGUGAGGCUUCGGAUGGUGCUUACUCAGAUGAUGUGGAGUUCCACGAGUCGUCUGCUGAAAACGUCGCGGGGGCAGAGCAAUAAGAGGAUAAGCAGCACGCCAACUACCAUCGAAUGCGAACGGCUCGAGUUAUCCUUUGAAUUCUGUCAGGCUCAAAGGUUGUCUCUAGCUGUUCUGCUAGAUAAUGAUCUCGAAUUCAUGCCAGCGCUAGCUCUUUAUUUGAAGAUGGUAGCCCUUAGUUACUCGUCUGAAUAUAGAUGCUUUUGCAAAUUUGUGAAUUCAUGAACGCAAGCUGAUC